UUUAUCGCGGACACGUACUUCCGUUGAUAGCGGAAGUACCCGCUACACGUCCAUCAAAAGCAAAAUUAAUGGCUUUUGUAUAAAAUACUGUCAAAUACAGAAGAACCGCGGACAAAUGAAGAGUUAGCACUGACAAAUGAUGUUUGGUAUCGAGCACAGAGUGAGCGAGCAGCGAGCGUGAGCGGCCGCCGGCGGGGAAUGUCCCGUAUGAAGGGGAGGAGGCUCAACAUGGAGGACUGCUUGCACACUUCCUCGGACAGUCUGGCUAAACUGGUGAAAUGGGCCCACAGUCACGGGACGAUCUGCACCUUGAUCCCGAACCUCAAGCACAUGCUGAACGAGGGCUCUCACGGGACCCUCACGGCCCUGUGGGGCUGCAGCGCGGGGCACGCCUACCACUGGCCCCUUAACACCACCUGCAAAAAGACAAGCAAGGAGCGCAACCUAGAAAGCCGGAGCAUCAACACGGACAGCAUGAUCCAAGCGGUCUCCGUCAUGCAGAACACCUCAGAGCGCUUCCUCGGCAGCGCCGCGAAAAACAAGAGCGAUCCCGCUCCGAUCCAUGACUCCUGCGACAUCUCCAACUGCAGCGAACCGUCCGAGAUGGACGACAACGGCGAGGAGUACAGCAGCCACCUGUACGACAUCGUCUGCGAGUCCUCGGCCACCGACGAAGACGGCGACUCCGAGUUCAACCACACCUCCAGCGUCGCGCACAGGAAAAGAACCGGAAAAGGACCGGGAACCGAGGACAGCACGGACCCGGCGCUGAAGAAAAUCAAACAAGAGCGAGGCGAAGACUAUUACAGUGUGACCAACCCUCAGAUGCCCAGCAGCUCGGACGGGAAGCUCGUUACGCAGUCGCCCAAACCCCACGUCCAGAACACACCAUCAUCCAGGUCCUCGAUGUCCCAGAAGCCUUCCUCAGUGGACGGGGACUCCAUGACGGUGUCCUCGUCACCGCUGGACAGCUCUCCUUCGUCCAUGAUUAAACCCCUGCGUGCACCUUUCCACGUGACCCAGAACAAAAUGCACAUGAACUCGAACCCAGCUUGCAGUCAGAGUGUGGCCACCUUGCCCCAUUCGGGAAGGAUUGACGCUAUGGGGGUGCUGCACAGGGACGAGUAUCCCAGGUCUUCUUUGUCUUACGGAGAGGCUUCUAUGGGUGUGAACCCUGAGAUGGAUCUUCUAGCAGCACAAGCACUUAAUACAGAAGCUCGAGCAGACAACACAGCAGACAUGGAUGAGAGAGCAUACCGAGAACAGAAUGAGAAGACCAUUCGCAGCACCCAAACAGCUCUUCGCAACUUUCGGGACUUCCUGGUUUCUAAGUAUCCAACCGAGACCAGAGAGAUUUACUACAUCCCCUGCCAAGAGUUGGACAUCUACUUGGCCUCCUUCUUUGUGGAUGCACGUCAAAGGGAUGGAUCGGAGUAUGAGCCCAACAGCCUGGCCAACUACCAGUGUGGCCUGGAGCGUUAUCUGAAGGAGCAUCACUACGCCUACAGCAUUACAAGAGACCGGGAGUUCCAGAGAUCCCAGGAUGCCCUCAAGCAAAAGCAGUUGGAGCUCAAGUUCAAAGGCAAAGGCAACAAACCCCACAAGUCAAUGAAGCUGACUUUUGCUGAUGAGUUGCUCCUAAGGAAACGGGGGCUUCUGAGUCGCUUCAACCCUGAGGGUCUGCUUAACCUGGUGUGGCUCAACAACACCAAGGCUUUUGGCCACUGCACGGGCUUCCAUAGCUCCACACUCAAAUGGGGUGAUGUGCACUUGCUCACCACAGAAACAGGACUAGAGUGUUUGGAGUGGACCUACCUGGAUUUUACUGACCCUAAUGCCAGGAACCGAAGGUCCACGACUGAGUACCGCAUCUACGCUACCCCACAUGCUCCUCAAACUUGCCCUGUGCAGGACUACAAGGAAUAUGCUCAGCGCAGACCUCAAGCAAUGCUCUUUGAAGAUGCCCCCUUUUAUCUGUCCAUCAAGCCAGUGGUCAACCUCGCCGCCCUGCACUGGUACAACUGCCAAGCUCUGGGAAAGAACAAGUUAGCAAAGAUGGUGAAGACCAUGUGUGAGAAAGGCAACAUUCCAGGGAGAAAGACCAAUUUCAGCGUUUACCAGAGUUGCAGCUCUUUGUCCGAGGCCCAGAGCAAUCAACUAGUCCUGAUCUGCAAUGACCUCAGGCAACAAGCCGUCCAGUCAGGGAGUUCCCAUCCUGGCAGCACCAACUUUGUCAUUACUGGUUCUUUUGACUCUACUGACUCUGCUUAAAGCUGAAGUAUAAUUGUUGAGCCACAAGUAGCACCAAACCGAUCUGCUGUUUCCAAACAAGUUUCCCAAACACUUCUUCCGUCUUCCAUUUUUUGGACAAGCAGGUAGUCCUGGCCCAAAUGCAUGGCAUUUGUUGAGUAAGAAGUUGCUGUUUUGGACAGCUUAAGCCAAUGAGCCAAGGUUCGGGUGAUUAGGAAGGUUCAGUUAGCCACUGUAGACAGAUGCCUACACCAGGAGUUACCAACCUUUUUGACAUGAAGUGCCAUUUUAAUUUUUAUUUUCCAUUUAAAAUGAGCUGUGUUCUCUGAUAUAGUUAUCUUUUGCCAAGUGAUUUUUUGGAGGGCUCUUCAAAGCCUCAAAAGGACAGAUCCCCCGUCUGCUGCCUUUUGUGCCACUCAGGAUAGUCGCUUGUGAAGGGCUUGGGACUGUGUUCUUGUUGUGCCAUCAGCCAAUCAGUGUUGUCAGCAUAAUGUAAUUUUGCAGUGGCUCCAGAGUUAACAGUCACAUGGCAUACACAGCUGAAAUGAUUGGAUCAGAAAAAAAAAAUCUUAAUCUAGAACGGUUCAUGUUCAAAGAUAGUAGAUACUUCCAGAGGUCUUGCACCAGCUGAGCAGCUGCCAUUUGGAUAAAUGGGGAAGCCAAUGGAUAUCUCUUUAGGUAUGGCUUGAAUAAACCAAGGAAAGGGCCGCAGAGCCAAUGUUUACACUCCUCAGAAAAUCAAUCAAUAAAUUGCUGCAUGGGAUAGGAGAAAGUAUUUUACCACUGAAAUAUUCAAUUGUAUGACUGAUUUAGGGGGUCUUGUUUCAUGUCUCACUGUUCUGUUGUUUUAGGUAAGUAAAGUCUUAAUUGUUGUUUCUGUCAAUAUGUAUGACACUACAAUGUUGUCUUUUUGUCUUGAUUAUAUUGUAACUACAUUUGUCUUAUGUGCAAUGCAAAAUGUUCUUUAUCCAGUGCAGUAUUAAGUCAACCUAAGGCGUCUAGAUGCUAAUUUCGUGUUACAGUAUUUUUUCUGUGUACGCCAACAAUUACGAGUUUAACGAUGAAGCUAAUAUGCCGAUCCAGUUAUUCUGUAUAUGUUGUAGACAUAUGAAUUUAGUGGAACUACACCUGCUAUCCUUCAUAUAUAUUCCUGUUGAAAUGUUCUGUGUUAGUGUAGAUGUUCUCUUCAAUAUUAAGCACUUACGUAAUCGAAUACGUUACAUUGUUAGAUACUGUAUGUGUUAGAUUUAUUACAGAUAUGUGCCUGUUCAACAUAUGUGCCUGAUAUUAUAUAAUUUAUUCUAGAACA